GUCUUCUUUAUCGAAGUGCACCUUAUAGCUUCGAGUUCGGCCAACAGAGAGCGACGCUCGGUCAUUUGGUUAAAUUUGAGAGGAGAAUGGAGGUUACCCGAGUAUGUGUUUUGAACGUUAUUUCACGAUGGUGCCUUUUAGCUAGUGGCUGCAAGAAAGAAGGGGGGGGGGGGGGUAGGUGUGAAACACCGCGGCUCGGGUCUCCCAUAGCUACCGCAAGCUGAAGAGCGGGGUGUACGCCAGUAGCCGCUCAUGUGGUGUCUUUUUCGGACGCUUUAUCACCACGCACGGACCCUCCCCUCCACAAUCCCAAAAGAUAACCUUUGGCCCGAACAUGAGGAGGAGAGUAGCCGGCUUCGAGCGUGCCCUGAACGGCGUGCCCCUGUGACGAGCCCCCCCCCUCUCCCUCACCCUCUCCUCCCCUCCAGGAAACACCCAGCACUUGUCCAAGUGCGGGCACAACAUGACUGGUUUCAAGCAGGAGAAUGUCGAGGACUUUUAUGAGAUUGGAGACGAGCUGGGCAGCGGCCAGUUCGCGGUGGUCCGACGGUGUCGUCAGCGGAGCACGGGCGCCGAGUUCGCCGCCAAGUUCAUCAAGAAGCGGCGCAGCAAGUCCAGCCGGCGCGGCGUGACGCGGGAGGACAUCGAGCGCGAGGUCAACAUUCUGAAGGAAAUCCAACACCCCAACAUCAUCACGCUGCACGAGGUCUUCGAGAACAAGGCCGACGUCAUCCUCAUUCUGGAGCUCGUGGCCGGCGGAGAACUCUUUGACUUCCUGGCGGAGAAAGAGUCGCUGAGCGAAGAGGAAGCCACGCAGUUCCUCAAGCAGAUCUUGGAUGGAGUUUCCUACCUGCACUCCAAACGCAUCGCUCACUUUGACCUCAAGCCGGAGAACAUCAUGCUGCUGAGCCGCUCGAUGCCUCACCCGCGCAUCAAGCUUAUUGACUUUGGCCUGGCGCACAAGAUCGAUUUUGGAAACGACUUCAAAAACAUUUUCGGAACGCCCGAGUUUGUCGCUCCUGAGGUGGUGAACUAUGAACCGCUGGGUUUGGAGGCGGACAUGUGGAGUGUUGGUGUGAUCACGUACAUUCUACUGAGCGGCGCUUCGCCUUUCCUGGGCGACAACAAGCAGGAGACGCUGGCCAACGUGUCGGCCGUGGAUUACACUUUUGACGACGACUUCUUUGGCGGCACCAGCGUCCUGGCCAAAGACUUCAUCGCCAGACUCCUCGUCAAAGACCCCAAAAAGAGGAUGAGCAUUCAGGACAGCCUUCAGCACUCCUGGAUCAAGCCCAAAGACACACAACAAGCGCUCAGCAGAAAAGAGUCUGCAGUCAACAUGGAAAAGUUCAAAAAGUUUGCCGCGAGAAGAAAAUGGAAACAAUCUGUACGCCUCAUCUCCCUGUGCAACCGCCUGUCACGCUCCUUCCUAUCCCGAAGCAACAUGAGCGUGGCGCGCAGUGACGACACAUUGGAUGAGGAAGACUCGUUUGUGAUGAAGGCCAUCGUCCACGCCAUCAACGACGACAACGUUCCGGGCUUGCGCCAUCUGCUGGGCUCGUUGAACAGCUACGACGUCAACCAGCCCAACAAGCACGGCACGCCGCCGCUGCUCAUCGCCGCCGGCUGCGGCAACGUCGACAUCAUCCAGCUGCUCGUGAGGAAAGGAGCCCUCAUUCAAGCCCACGACAAGAGUGGCGCCAACGCCAUCUAUUAUGCAGCGAGACACGGCCACGUGGACACUCUCAAAUUCCUCCAUGCCAACAAAUGUCCUCUGGAUGUACAAGAUAAGUCUGGAGAAACAGCUCUCCACGUGGCGGCCCGCUACGGCAACGUGGACGUGGUCAGCUACCUGUGCAGCAUCCGGGCCAACCCGGACCUCCACGACAGGGAGCAAGAGACGGCUCUGCACUGCGCCGCCUGGCACGGCUACUCGGCCGUGGCGCGGGCGCUCUGCCGGGCCGGCUGCCACGUGGACGCCAAGAACCGCGAGGGCGAGAGCGCCCUGCUCACAGCGUCCGCCCGUGGCUUCGUGGACAUCGUGGAGUGCCUGGCGGAGCACGAUGCCGACCUGGAGACUGUCGAUAAGGACGGCCACACGGCCCUCCACUUGGCCGUGCGGCGAUGCCAGCUUGAGGUGGUCCGCUGCCUGCUGGCGCGUGGCUGUCAGCUGGACCGCCAGGAUCGCCAUGGAAACACACCGCUGCACAUCGCCUGCAAGGACGGAAACCUGCCCGUCGUCGUGGCGCUCUGCAGCGCCCGAGCCGUCCUUGACAUCCCUAACAAGUAUGGCCGGACCCCUCUCCACUUGGCUGCCAGCAACUGUGGUCUGGAAGUGGUACGUCACCUCUGCCUGUCUGGAGCCAACACGGAGGCCGUCACCAACGAUGGAAAGACUGCUGAGGAUUUGGCUUCAGCUGAGCAACAUGACAAUAUAGUGGCCUUGUUGGGAAAGCUUAAAAAGGACAACCACAAAAUAGCCUUCAUCCAGCAGUUGCGGCCCACGCAGACGGCACAGGCACGCAUCAAGCUCAAGCUUUUCGGCCACCAGGGGGCAGGCAAGAGCACGCUGCUGGAGUCGCUCAAGUGCGGCAUCCUGCGAAGUUUUUUCCGUCGCCGCCGGACCACCCGCAUGAGCAACGCGGCACGACACCCCAAUUCUCCGGUCAACUCCAAACCCGCCGUGUCGGUGAGCAUCUCCAACUUGUAUCCGGGCUGCGAGAACGUGAGCGUGCGCAGUCGCAGCAUGAUGUUCGAGCCCAGCCUGACCAAAGGCGUGCUGGAGGUGUUCUCGCCUGUGCACGGCGGCCUCUCCACCGCUACUGCCGCCACCGCCGACGAGCAGGCCACCAGGGCUGUCGACAUCCAGCACGCCAACAUCCAUGGAGUAGGAGAUUUCAGCGUAUGGGAGUUUUCCGGCAACCCCGUCUACUACUGCGCCUACGACUACUUUGCGGCCAACGACCCCACGGCGGUCCACGUUGUGGUCUUCAGUCUGGAGGAGCCGUACGAGAGCCAGCUGAGCCACGUCAGCUACUGGCUCAACAUGCUGAAGGCCCUCACGCCGCCGCACCCCCACAUCCUGUUCGGCGGCAGGGUCCAGCAGCCUCUGGUGGUGGUGCUGGUGGGCACGCACGCGGACCUGGCGGACGUUACCCGAAGUUUCUCCGGAGAGUUCAGCUACAAUAAAGAAAGAGUGCUCCUUAAGGAAGUCAGGAGCAGGUUUGGAAACGACCUGCAGAUCAGUGACAAGUUGUUUGUGAUGGACGCCGGCGCCUCCAACUCCAAAGACGUCAAGCUUCUCAAGAAUCAUCUGCAGGAGCUGCGGUCGCACAUCAUCUCUAGCUGCGGCGGCAUGACGCUGCUGUCGGAGCGUCUGCUGGCGGCGUUGCCCGCCUGGCGCAAGCUGAGCGGACCCAACCAGCUGACAUCGUGGCAGCAGUUUGUCAGUGACGUCCAGGAGAACAUCAACCCGCUGGUCAGUCAGCAGCACCUCCGAGGCCUGGCGCUUCAGCUGCACAGCAUGGGAGAGAUCAACAUCAUGCAAAGUGAAACGGUGCAGGACGUGGUCUUGCUGGAGCCACGCUGGCUGUGCAGUGCUGUUUUGGGCCGCUUGCUGUCCGUGGAGACGCCCAAGGCCAUCCACCACUACAGGGGGCGCUACAGGCUGGAGGAAGUGCAAGCCCUGGCUCCCGACAGCGACGUGGAGGAGCUGCUGCAGAUCCUGGACGCCAUGGACGUGUGCGUCCGGGACGCCGCCGACCCCGCCAUGGUGGACGUGCCCGCCCUCAUCAAGGCGGGAGGUCUGCGGCGCUCCUGGGCCGAGGAUUACGCCGAGGGGGAUUCCGCCGCCGUCUACGGGGGCGUCCGGCUGGUGCCCGCCGAGCACCUGGCUGCCUUCCCCUGCGGUUUGUUCCACAAGCUGCAGGUCAACCUGUGCCGAUGGAGUCGGCAGCAGAAGCCCGAGGACAACGAGGACGACGAGGAAGAGAGAGAGGCCGACAUUCAUCUGUGGACAGACGGAGCCAAGGUGAGCCGGUCAGGUGCGGAGGCCAUGGUGCUGCUGGUCAACCACGGCCAGGGCGUGGAGAUCCAGGUGCGCGGGCACGAGUCUCAAAGGGCCAAGUGCUACGCCCUACUGGACGCCGUGUGCGGCAUCGCCGAGAACCUGCUGGCGUCCACGCUGCCGGGCCUGCUGACCGCCAAGUACUACCUCAGCCCCCAGCAGCUCCGCGAGCGACACGCUCCCGUCAUGGUCUACCAGCCCAAAGACUUCCUGAGGGCGCAGAUGCAGAGGGAAACGUCGCUCACCAACACCAUGGGUGGAUACAGGGAGAGCUUCAGCGCCAUUCUUGCCUUUGGCUGUGCAGAGGUGUACCACGGCGGCGUUCUGGGCCCGGACAUGCACAUCACUGACGUCCCCCUACUAGCUCGCCGCAAGCUGUGCCGCAUGCUGGACCCGCCCGACGCCCUGGGGAAGGACUGGUGCCUUCUCGCCAUGAACCUCGGCCUCAGCGAGCUGGUGGCGAAGCACAGCGGCAACGGGACGCCGCCCGGCGAGACGCCACCCAUUUCCCCGCCCAGCCCGACCGCCGCCCUGCUGCAAGAGUGGAGCGGGCGCCCGGGCAGCACGGUAGGCGUCCUCAUGCUCAAGCUGCGGGAGCUAGGCCGAAGGGACGCCGCUGACUUCCUCCUCAAGGCCUCGCCCGUCUUCAGAGUCGACGGGCGGGGGCUGGGCGGCGACGCCAACGGUUACCCUGAUGGUUACGCCGCCACCUGCAACGGGGGCACCUCCUACAACUCCAUCAGCUCUGUCAUUUCCCGCUAACAUGCUGCACGCCGCCACAUUGCGUGUCAGACUCCAGCGUGAGGGAACUUUAACGUGCGUCAUUUGCUUCCCCGAUGAAUGUUGGUUGCCCCCAAAGAGGAAGUCCAAGCCGCCUUCUUCCCUACCUUGCUGUUUUGUGUGUAAGGUACCAACCAAAACAGGAUCCAAACCUGCCUGGCCACUUUUUGCCGAAAUGGAUUAUCACUUGCCCAGCAAUCAGCUCUGCCUCCGUUUGUAAGGAAUCAAUUGCCGAGUUCCCAGUGAAGUCAUUUCCACCAUGGUAUCAAUUGCGUAGCAGUGUGAAGUUUACCACACAAGACUUGCUUUUGUGUCGAAAGCAAUUGUCACUGUCCCAGAAGUUGACCAGGCCUUUGAACUGUAAGUCAAAUCGGAGCCCUAAGAGCGGCAGGACGACGGAUGAGGGAAAUCGAAUUCUGCAACGUCGAGGUUUGAAGUUUAUCAUUCAUUUCUUCCGCCCCUUUGGGUACCUCAAGAGCGCCUUUCACCAUCGAUGCGGAUUGGCGGCGAAUGAAACGCACCGGCGAAUUUAACAGCGUCUGAGUCGCUGAUCACGCCCCCUCUUACUCCCCAAUGGCCGUGUGCCAGUAAGCUGUUAACUCCUCCGCCAGUGUUGGCAAGGCUUUGAGAUUCAGUUUUAUUAUGUAUUCAUCUCCCUUUGCUGCUUCUAUAACCGUUUUCACACCUGUAAUUUGGAGGUCAUGAUCGGAUUGCGGCAACACGCCACCUUCGCUGUGCUCUGCGUGAAAGGCACCGACGGACAAAUGCUGGAUCCGCUGUUACGUCUCGUCUCGGAUCAGCGAUUGCGUUGACAUGAUCUAAUCGGAAGGUUGCGUGACGCCAUCUUGGCUUGGUCCUUUGUGAAAGGGAAAGGCAGUUUAAAGUGAACCAAACAACAAAUGUGAACACUGCCUUGUCUGUCCAGUGUAUGUAUAUGUCCGUCUUACACAUUUUUGCGUACAUGUCGUCGAUCGUUUCCGCAGCCAAAGUGAUAACAUAAUCACCACGCGUUCGUCUCGGCCUUUUCUUCGGUCCCGCCGCAGCAUUUUAUCCAAGUGCCUUUGCGGCCUUCUACCUCCCCUAAGCACAAAUAAGAGCAGGCGUGCCUUGUCCGCACACUACAAUUACGUUUACUAAAAAGCCCAAAAGGAAUCAAAGUUGAGGUUUUGUUUGGGUCGUCAGGGUUUGCUCAAAAGUGGAUUUUUAUGUUGAAUGGCUGGAAACACCGGAAAGAUAUACACCCAAUAAACAUGUUAAAAAUGAUAAACAAUUACUACUUUCAUCUUCCAUCGAUGAUCUUUUUUUUUUAAACAAUAAAAAUAACACUAAAAAUAGUUAGAUUUUAAUGUGGAGCACUUAAAAGGGAAUUCAAUGUCAAGUUUCUGUUGUAUUUGCCCCCCCCUAAAAACGCUUAUUGGAGGUUUAUCCCCAUUUUGUCAAGAAUGUUUGGGAUAAAAAAAAAAAUUGCAGCAUGCACGCUUAGGACUUCUCUGCUCAUCGGGUGACAUUGAUCAUGUCCACCUGACUGUGUUGAUAUGUGAAAAUGGUAUCUAAGCUUCUGACAGCUUUAUUCAUCCCUCAAGAGGAAAUUAUGUGUACAUUUUCAUAUGGCACACACCAAUUGUUGCGAGUUUGGGGCAUGUUAAGGUCUGAUCACUGCAAUCCCCCCCAAAAAUGGCUGCUUUAAACCAAAAUGGAUGACAAUUUG